AUGGGAAUCCCAAAUUACGGCGUCUGGGUCGCCUACCCAACGCACUACAGAGCCCAGACAGAAGAAGAAGACCCCAGGACCCCGCACAUCUACCUGUACUUCACCGACGGCACCAGCACCAGACAGUACCAAGCCGCCAUCAACGUCAAAUCCACCGACAGGGACACCCGCCUCGUCUUCUGGUUUGACCGCGCCUUCUCCCAUUCAAUCACCCAGACCCUCUCCGACCUAGAUGGAGGGUUCACUCUCCUCAACCGAGACGGGAUGAAAGGACUGGAUUACAUCCGCACAGAGGGCCUGGUGGAUAUAAAAGCAGGCAAGGUCCUCCCGCACGACAUCCCCGGGCCGAACAAUGAUAUCCUGGAUUCCCUCGAUCCGAUCCUUUCGGACGCGAUUGCGCAAAAGGCAAGGAUGUAUGUGUUUGGGUCGUCGUUUGGGACGGGGCUCCAUGAUGUGCAUAUGAACCAGGGGAGUCUCCCGCAGUUUGAGAACGGUGUGUAUGAGGACGGGGCGUUGCUGUUCGAGUUUGAGGACGGGCACUGGGAGGCGGUGUUUUUGGCCUUUGCGUCGCAGAGGAUUCGGACCGAUGAAACCGGAGAGGCGGUCGAGGGGAGUCCAAAUUUGGCGAAGAUUUUGGGAGCUGAUUCAGAUAGUCGACAGUAG